UGGAAUUGCAGUAAAAAUUGCUUUGAAAAGAACCGAGUCAUUUUCUUCAAUCAACAAAACCCAUAAAACAAAUUGUCGUUUCCUCGUUUCCUUACUUCUUCCGAACGCUCUUUAAUUGCUUCCUUUGGCCGCUUGGCCAUUUGGCCUUUGCCCUCUCUCUCUCCCUCGCUUCCUCCUCCAUCUCUCACUCCCUUUCUCUCUCCAGACCCCCUAAACAUCAAUUUCUCACUUGCCCUUUUCCUUUCUCUAUCAAAUAUUUUUCUGGGAAAAAUUAUAUUUUUCCAAGAAAAUCUAUAAAGGAGAGAAAACAUGUUUGAUUUUGGGGACGAUUUGACAAUACAAAGUUACAGAAUUCCAUGGCUAAUAUGGGCCCAGCUCUUGGUGAUGUUGCUCCUUAUACUUCUAAUCUACUGCUUUUUUGCUUUGGAGCCCACAGACAACGUCGCCACCAUAACUGUUUCUUCGUCUUCUUCUUCUUCUCAGUUAGUUUCUGAUGAUACCCAGAUGAAUAAGCCCUUCCCAAAGCAUAAUAGAGUUACCACUGUUAUUUCAAAUCGUUUGCAGAAUACCCAGGUUAGGGAAAGACGGAGUAUAAAAGGGGAGAUAACACCUGGAUCUAGCGAAAGAAUAGUGAGAGGGGAAGGCAACACUGACCGAGAAGAGCCUUCUUCAGGAAUCAGUGUAUAUUUCCAUCCAUGCCACUAUUUCAGGCUCGCAAGAACUGCAUUUCUCAAGUGUCUGGGUUUGGAUAUGGAGCCCAACCCCGAGAACUCAUCAUCAGCUUCACAAAGAAAGAGAAAAGACCGAUGACAUAGCCAACAUUCCCUUUCCACAGAUCACCAUGAGAACUAUUUCAUGUUCGGCUUGCAGGUAAAGCCCUCCACUGCUAAGAAUUUCUGAGCCUAGUAGGAGGUUGUAAAUGGUGAUGAUAGUCAGAAGAACUCAUGAGAUCCAUUCCAGCAUUUGAUAAGAACAGGAUUCACAAUCUCAAGUACCGCCACCACCAACCAAUGAGUUCUUUCCAUUUCGAUUGUAAAAAAAUCAUCAACUUUGUGGUGGUGGACUGUGCUAGUUCUAGUAAUCAUUUGAAGUUUUGAUCAAGUGGCAAAAGCCUGAACACUGAAAAAGCUGAGACAAUGUCAUUAAAAUUUGUUCACUUGAAAUAGCAAUUCUAUUGAUUUGUGUA